CUCUCCCAGCCAACAUGUCAGUCUCCAUGGUAACAGACUCAAACCCAUCCAUCGGCUGGUCAGUGGUCUCUGUGACCCCAGCUGGUACGAAUGUCACAGACCGGGAGCGUGAUGCCCUUCUGGCGGUAGCCGAGGUCGUGGUGCUGGCAGUCAUCUUGGUGAUGGCGCUGCUUGGCAACGGGCUGGUGCUGGUGGUGUUGCUAAGGCGGAGACGACAUCACAACCCGCUGCACCAGUUCAUGCUCAACCUCUGUCUGGCUGACCUGGUGGUGGCACUGUUCCAGGUGUUGCCCCAGCUGGUGUGGGACGCUAAAGGCAGCUUUCCUGGCCCAGACUUCCUGUGUCGCCUGGUGAAAUACCUGCAGGUCCUCGGGAUGUUCGCCUCCUCCUACAUGAUCGUUGCCAUGACAGUGGACCGACACUACGCCAUCUGCUGCCCCCUGCAGGCACACCGCAGCGGAGCCACCCAACGCUGGAACAGCUUCAUACUGCUGGCCUGGGGGCUGUCACUGCUGCUCAGCCUGCCACAGGUUUUCAUCUUCUCCCGUUCAGAAGUAGCUCCAGGUGUCUACGAAUGUUGGGGCACCUUCGCUGAGUCCUGGGGCCUCAAAGCAUAUGUGACCUGGAUGACCCUGGCUGUCUUCAUCCUCCCUGCCCUCGUCAUCACUGUCUGCCAGGUGCGAAUUUUCAUGGAGAUCCACAACAAUCUGUACCUGAAGUCAGAGCGCCGCCUGUCCCCCUCCUCCCUCGCUUCAUCCAGACGGGACAGCCAUAAAGGAGGAGGAGGAGGAGGAGGAGGCAGAGGGAGGUCCAGUCUCUCCCUGUAUGUUUCACCACUCAUGUUCAACAACCCUGGGAGUGACACCAUCUAUGACCCUGGAUCCAUCUAUCAGCACCUGCCCAUGGGUCCGCUCAGGUCGAGCAGCAUGUCACAUUGUGAUAUUCACACCUACACUGCUGUUCACCCAGCUGAGCUGCCGCCUGACAUGCUGCCUGACCCUGUAGCUCCCUCUGCUGUUUGCUGCCCCCCGCCCAAAGCCCCCCCGGCCCGAGGUGGAGAGGUAUCAGCAGCCAUGUCAAAGACAGUGAGGAUGACACUGGUCAUUGUGCUCGUCUACUCGCUCUGCUGGGCUCCGUUCUUCAGUGUCCAGCUGUGGGCCGCCUGGGACCCCGACCCACCUCAGAACGGUGCAGUGUUCACCCUGCUGAUGCUGCUGGCCAGUCUGAACUCCUGCACCAACCCCUGGAUCUACUCCGCCUUCUCCAGCAGCGUCUCUCCGGAGCUCCGUCUGCUGCUGCUCUGCCGCUCACACUCACAGCGCCGGGGCUCGUUACCGAGCGACUCCACCACCACACACACCUCCAACUAUUGA